AAUUACCAACGGAAGAAUAUAAACAAACAGAAGAUGAAACAGUUUUUAUCGCUAAAUCGGCACUAGUUUCACAGUCGAUUUUCAGCUUUCGGAUCUGACUCUUGGUCAUCUAUAACAACAGCUUUGUCCUUUUUUAUCUCACUAAUUUGUUCCAGUUCUUUCGCCGAUGCUACUGGAGUGGCAUGUUCAUUAUGUGAAAGUGAUUAGGCAGCCUAAUUAAUAGCAAGCCGCCUACAACAAGCUUUUAAAAAUUUGAAUUUAUGUCCUAUUAAAUCAGGUCAUAAGGCAGCGAAGGACGGUGACUGGCGCGUGAGGAGAACAUUUUUUUGUCAACAAUUUCCGGCCAGCGAAUCAGACGAUUCAUAAAUGGAAUUUUCAAGUUUGAAACGUAAGAAGGGAUGACUGUUUCGCUAAGUCCGCGAUCUGAAAGAGACCAUAUUGAGCUGCUCGUUUCACAUUACGAAAGAUACUUUGCAGCUGACGAGUAUAUAACAGGCAGCAUUCACAUUUCUGCAUAUGACUCUAGUUCAGUCGCGGGUUUUUGACCUUCAUCGAUUCUCUUCAGUAAACACAUUUGUUUAUGAGAGAGGGAUCAACGUCGAAGAAGCGAUUCUCGAAUGGAUGUAACAGUGGUUUUGUUUCCGCUGUGGGUGCUUCAGUUUUUGGUCAUACACUCCACGAUUAGUUUUGAGAAGAGCAGCGUUAACCGCAGCUGGCUGUCUGACGGAUUGGCCUUCACGAAACUAGAUCGGUUAGAUUUUCAAUUCGUUAUGCCCCGGUUAAAAUACAUCAAAUCCGGAAAAACCAAGAACUGGAAUCGACGACAUUUGGAUGAAGCAAAUCAAAGAGUAAGUACUUGAGAGCUGAUCUUUACAAACUAUAGAUUUGAACGUAAUAGAUAGACCUUGCCUACUUUAUGCCAUUAAGCAAGAUCUGAAUCACGUUCGUUAAUCCUGUUUACACCCCCGGCCUGGUUUAUGGGGGGUUACUUCAACCUAGAAAACCAGACGAGUAUUCCGUUCACGCGUCUGUUAGUGAUGUUCACGUUUUCAUUUAGGAUUCGCGAGAAGUAUCAGUUUUGUUCGGUCGUGACAAGUAUAAUAUCCCUCGUCAGCGAAAACAAUAAUAUUUACUAUGCAACUUGUGCAUGCAACUGAGAUCCAUCCACGCGAUUUAUGAGUUUCGCCGGCCCCUGGAGCCCUUCUGAAAGCUGUGGAAAACUGAAUAAAAUUGCAAAUGGAAUUUUGCAAAAGUUUGAUGUUACUUUGAAUACGAAUUCGUUAAUUAUAAUUUUGUUCUGUGUAAACAAAAACCUUUUUUUUAAAUAAAAAGGAAGAGAUGAAACAUGAAUUCAACCGGUAUGGAGUAGCCAGAGAGUGCUAUAAAAUAUUCAUAAUACGAUUGGCCAAGCGUUUUAUUUAACCGGAUGUACUUCUCUGACACUUGCUAGUCGCUGAAAGAACAGAAAUGACACAUCAAAGAGUUUUAUUGUUUGUUUUCGUGAAUUCAGUCACAUUAAACAUGUUUACUUUCAUUAAGCAAAGUACAUGAGCGAAAGAGUAAUUUGCAAAAACAGAACGGACCAACUGAUAGAGAUGCAAUUUAUAACUCUAGCCACUCAGCUGGAGGUCUUAAUAGUUAUAAAAUAGAUUUGUUUACAUUAUGCAUCGUCUAAGAACGAGCUUAAGUCUGUGUAAAUAAACCGAUCCAUUCAGCGUUUAAUAGUUACAGGGAAUGCUAUAGGCUAGUAUACUAAGUAUGCUUGGUUAAAUAACUAAAAGUCUUUUCUUAUAUUGUAUGAUUAGUACGAAGUGAUUUUAAGACCAUCGAAAAAUAAAUAUUUUUAUAACCACAAGUGGAAUUAGUGUUUCCGAAAAUUAUUGAGCUACGAUAUUAUUUUCAGCACUUGAGACAGCCAAUCAGAGAGAGGCGGGUUUCUUAGUAAGAUCAUUAAGCAAUUUUUUUUUUGGCGUAACAUUAUUUUUAAUAGUUGCGAAAAGUGGAAAAAGACAUAUUACGAACUAACAUUUAAUUCCAUCAAAAAGUAAGGAAAACACAUUAUGUGAGCUUUGAUUUACAUCGGUCAAGCUUUAUGCUGGGUUUCAUGGGUGAAAAACACAGGAAUUGGAAGCACCCAACAUCUUGAACUGUAUGAUUAAGAUAGCACCACACGAAAUCAGUUCUCUAUAGUCCUUUAUAAGAAGUUUACAAGACAAGUACUGUCUUGAACGGUCACGCUACACCUGUACAUCAUUUCAUCCAUCGUCGCAAAUGUUUUAUAUACAGCAUAAAAUAAACAAUACCACAAUUAAGCCCCAUCAUCAUCAGAAACUCCUGCUCAGUAUUUAAAAAGAAGCCUGUAUUUGAAUAGUCACGGUUCAGGAUUUGUCACAUAUACUCAAUAAAGCUAUCUAUCUAAUUUUAGAAACACCUUCGAAUUCUGUGGUGUAAUCAGUAACAAACAGGACCACAGGAAAAAACAAUUAGGCUCAAUGCUAGAAGCACCUUGUAUAUCAAAAUAAACAGCACGGGUUGGCAUUGACAGAUUUUAUAGGUUUUUAAAAGUUACAUACAGUCUUUUAACCUAUAUUUUAAAAAACCGCAAUUCUGUGCUCUAACUGUCAUGACCCUUAGCUACCGAACUGGGUCCAGUUGUUCGAAGGCCGAUUAGCGCUUAACCCUGCGUUAAAUUUAACCCUGGUUUUCUUUUCUUGUGUUCAAAAGCAUUUUCUCGGGUAAUUUUCUCGGUUAUUUUAAGAGCUCCCAAUCAUCAACUUGUAGACAAAAAGAAUUAAAACUGAAAUGCUUUUUAAGCUUUCAAAUGUGAAUUCAAAUCUCGCACUAACCCUGCCAGUUAUCUUAACCUACAACUGUAGCUUUGAACAACUCGGCCCUGACUUCUAUAUUAAAAAAUGAUAAUCACUAAUGCAACGUUAUGUUUCCCAGCGUAGACACUAGGGAAACUUUUCACUUAUGCUUUUCAUAAACAACAUGUUUCAAGUGUUCCUUCAUCUUUCAUUAAGUAGUUUUGUUUGUUGAAUUUCGCUUGUUAUUUGAGUCAAGUAAUCAUUACUACUGAGUCUGGCUAUCAGGCAUUUAAACGACAGCGCAGUGUUUUUUUAAAACAUGCUUCAGAGCAUUUGGUAAGUGAGUGAGCCACACCUAAGCCUCUGUAUGGGUACCUGCGCACGUCGAUUUCGUUGCGCGUUUCCCAUCAAAUCGUCGGCUUUUAGGCGAAAUCGUCACAUAUCAAGAAUCGUUUUGCGUGGUAGCGCUACUCACACAGUAAAUUUUAGGGAGUUAUUAUAACUCCACAAAUGGAGUAAAAAUUUUAGUUACAGGAUAACCCCUUUUUUGGAGGCUUUACUCCUAAUUUAACUCCAAAUUUGGGGUCAUUUUUACUCCUGAAAAAAAGUCCUUUUUACUCCCAGUCUGGAACAGGAGCCGAUUACUUAGUAAUCGGCUCCUGUCUGGAGUUAAAAUAACUCGGAAAAUGGGGCUAUUUUCACUCCUUACAUGGGUUGAUUUUACUCUUUUUGGAGUUACUUUAACUCUGAAAGGGGAGUAAAAAUUUUAGGUACAGGAUAACUCCUUUUUGGGGGUUAUUUUAACUCCUCAAUAUCUGGGGUCAUUUUUACUCCUGAAAAGGAGUUCUUCAAACUCCUUUUUGGAGUUAAAUAACUCCCCAAAAAAUAACUUCGCUGUAAGGAGUUAAACUAACCCAACUGGAGGAUUAUUAUAACUCCUUGAAAAUUACUUUGAGAGUGAAGAGGAGCUCAGCCCAACCACAGCGAUGACGGAAAACGAAAACAAUAAUAAAUCAGAACAACAGGUUACUGAAUAAGUAAAACAAAAACUCUGAACAUGCAGCCGCUUUUUGGCAGAUUCUUUGUCGUCACUGCAAGACUAACGUUGUCAAUUGAUUGGAAUGCCAAUACGAUCGUCGCCUUGACCUCUACGAUCGUCGCUGCAUCAAUAGUGCCGUCGUUCGAUUUCGUGGGAAAUACCCAUACAGAGGCCCACACUUCUGUACAUGCAUUUCUGUAACUCAGUCAGCAACCAAUAAGCUUUUUGAAAACGGCGGCAGCUUACUUUUUGAAUUAAUGUCAGCUAAAUUUGUGAAUUAUUCUUUAUUUUCCAGAGCGAAGCCUCGAGUAUAAAAGUAGAGAUAACAUUUACAGCCUUUCAACGAAAAUUUACGCUGGACUUGUAUCAAAACCGCGGACUUUUUACUUCGCAUUACACGGAAAAAGAAGAACGCUUUAACGAGGGCGCCAAUCACUGCUUUUACCACGGUACCGUCAGGGGUAGUGAAAGGUCGAAGGUGUCCUUAAGUACUUGUGAUGGAAUUGAAGGCCUGAUUUACGAUGGGCACAUAUCUUACUAUAUAGAACCACACCGGGACUUGUCAGACAGCCAAAUCCAUUUGUAUUACAGAAUCAAAGAUCUCAGUGUCAGUGAAUUUGAUUUAACUGAACAAAGCUUAAAAAAGGAUGAUUUAGAAGUGAUAAAUAGCCAAUGGCAACUCUACAAUAGUUCGUCCAGAUUUAAAGCUCAUAGAAGAGUUCGUCGAGAUGUCUUCACCGAAACAAAGUAUGUUGAGAUAGUUGUAAUUAAUGAUCACAAGCAGUUUGAAGCUUCUGGUAAAAACCUUACUAAAACCAAUUUGCGCGCCAAGCAGAUAGUCAACAUGGUGGAUGCGAUGUUCAAACCCCUUAAUGUGCGUGUUACGUUAGUGGCCAUAGAAACCUGGGACGUGGCGGACAUGGUAAAGGCGGACGAAGAUACGGAUACAUAUUUGUCAAACUUUAUAAAAUACAGAAAAAGAGAACUACGUGAAAAGCAUCCGAAUGAUGUUGCGCUGCUUUUGACGGGUGUUAAGCUGAAGGAUUCUGUGCGCGGGAAAGCACAGGUUAUGUCCAUUUGCUCACGAAAGUCGGCGGGUGUGAUUCGUGAUUACAAUAUCAACGCUGCGUUUACUGCUAACACGUUUGCCCAUGAGCUUGGGCACAUUUUCGGCAUGUAUCACGAUGAGGAUUUACCUCAUUGCGUGUGUGGCGCGACCAACUCGCUUAGUGGGUGCGUGAUGAGCGCGCGAGUGGGUCCCGAGCCAGCCACGAUCUUCAGCAACUGUAGCGUGAAAGGGCUUAACGAGGGAUUGUCCCGAGGACUUGGCACAUGUCUCUUCAACGUCCCAGACACCUUAUUUGGAGGUCCAGUUUGCGGGGAUGGUAUCCUAGCACCCGGCGAGGAAUGUGAUUGUGGAACCGCGCAAGAAUGCUUAGAGAAAGGGGACAUUUGUUGUGACCAUGUGACCUGCAAACUGAACGCACAUGCGCAAUGUGCUAAUGGCGCCUGCUGUGAAGACUGCAAAUUUAAAAAGAGGGGAGCGAUUUGCCGAGAGAAAGUGAAUGAAUGCGACAUCCCGGAAACUUGUACUGGAUCUUCCGGAAUUUGUUCUGAGGAUCUGAACGUGCAUAAUGGCUACCCUUGUGCUAAAAAUACAGCCUACUGUUUUCUUGGAGAAUGUCAGACCCAUGAAAAGCAAUGUCGGGACCUAUGGGGUAGUGAUGCCUUACCAGGCCCAGAUAAAUGUUAUCGAUAUCACAACACUCGUGCCGAUAAGUUUGGCCAUUGCCGAAAGACGAGGAGAGGAAAAUACCGACCAUGCAAGCUUCAGGACGCGAAAUGCGGCAAAUUAUGGUGUCUCACAACUGGUAAGCGACCUGUCAUAGGGAUUCAACGAGAUGUGUUGAGUUCAUUUUGGCCCUUGGGCAAUGAAACAAUCACUUGUAAAGGAACCAGCUUAAAGAUGGGUCUUGACGUUCCUGAGGCUGCGAUGACACUCGAAGGAACCAAAUGCGGUGACGAAAAACUUUGCUUGAACCGAAGAUGCGUGUCCUUGGACGUGCUUCUAAAAAAGACAACUCGAUGUCCUAAUGACUGCUCGGGACACGGCUUGUGUAACAAUGUCGGUAAAUGUCAUUGCUUCGAUCCGUGGGCUGGAGUUUCUUGUAACGAAAAGUUGCCUGGAAAACCGACAUCCAAGACAACGGAAGCUAUUAAAACAAUGCUGUCUAUUACGAUGAAGCCGCACACGGAUAAGACAGAAAUUGCAACUACGGGAAUUUCAAUUCCAGCUGAUACCAUGGGUUUAGUAGAUGCCAAGGUUGUUUAUAGCGUAGUUUCAGUAAUUCUCUUUGCUCUGGCCGUUAUUCUCAUAGUGACUUUAUGUUAUUAUAAAAAAUGCUUCCAGUAUCGAAAAUUCGUGCCGCAGAAAAAAAGCAAGAAAGCAAAGUUUUCACCGAAAACGAAGGUUAUAAUUAUAGAAUAA